CUGGCAACCUAGGUCCCGAGUUUCGCUGGCCCCGCUGCAAGAAUGUGAGGCACCUUUUCCGGCGUCCGGGUUACUGGCUGGCCCUUGGGCGCGCGCGGUGCUACCACCCUUCGGCCUUCACCCGAAAAGGCAUUGACCGACACUACUCGGAUGCAUUUGACCAUCUCCUAGGAGACUUGCAUGUUGAGUUUCGAUAAGCAAACAAACAGUUCUCUCUUGUUUGGAUCAAUGCUGAAAUUCCGAGAGGCUGCUAAGUGUGUGAGUGGAUCAAUAGCUGUUUCCACAUGUCCAAAGCCCUUGAUCGCAAGAAGAUACACGCUUCAACAGAAACUUGGCAGUGGAACUUUUGGAACUGUCUAUCUAGUGUCAGAGAAGAAAGCCAAACAAGGAGAGGAAUUAAAGGUUCUGAAGGAAAUCUCUACUGGAGAACUCAAUCCAAAUGAGACUCUGCAGGCCACUUUGGAGGUCCAGCUCCUUUCCAAGCUGGACCAUCUAGCCAUCGUCAAGUUCCAUGCAAGCUUUGUGGAGCAAGAUGAUUUCUGCAUUUUCACAGAGUACUGUGAGGUGAGACUCUCCUUCACUUGGGAUUUUGGAGUUUCUCGACUCUCAAUGGGAUCCUGUGAUCUAGCCACCACUUUAACUGGAACUCCCCAUUAUAUGAGCCCAGAGGCUCUGAAACACAAAGGCUAUGACACAAAGUCGGAUAUCUGGUCUCUGGCAUGCAUUUUGUAUGAGAUUUGCUGUAUGAAUCAUGCAUUCACUGGCUCCAAUUUCUUAUCCAUCGUUUUAAAAAUUGUUGAAGGCGACACUCCUUCUCUCCCUGAGAGAUACCCAAGACAGCUUAAUGCCAUCAUGGAAAGCAUGUUGAAUAAGAGUCUUUCAUUGAGACCAUUUGCUAUAGAAAUUUUAAAAAUUCCUUACAUUGCUGAACAACUACAGCACCUGAUGUGCCAAUAUUCGGAAAUGAUGGAAGACAAGAAUUUGAAUAGUCAGAAGGAGGCAGCUUAUAUAAUUAAUGCUGCAGAAAAAAUCCACCUGCAGACCCUGCGGGCGCUGUCUGAGGUAUAGAAAAUGACACUAGAGAGGAUGCGGCUGAGGAAGGUCCAGGCAGCUGAUGAGGAGGCCAGGAAGCUAAAAAAGAUUUUGGAAGAAAAAUAUGAAGAAAACAACAAACAAAUGCAAGAACUGAGAUCUCGGAACUUGCAGCAGCUGACUGUGGAUGUGCUCCAUGUGACUUCUCAUGAAUUGUUCAUUACCUUCUGCAAGGAAUUUGAUGACUCAGCUUCAGAGAACCUGCCUGAGUCUCAGCCCAUUCCUUCCCUGGACCUUGGCACACUUGGGUCAAGUGUAGAGGACACCGUAGCUGACCUUGGAGAUCACGGUAUAAGUUUGCAUUAGCCUGCAGAAGGCUGCUCUUGGAUGACAUGUGCGUUGGUGAGGCUGACCCUCCAGUGAGCCUGGCCAGCCUCUGGGAGAAGCCUUGGGUGUAUGUGGCCACCUUCCAUCAGUUUGCCAGAGCUGGGCUGUGGUGGUGAAAAGCAGAGAAGCUGAGGGCUUUGUCCAUCCUCUCUUGUCUUCUUUGUCAUAGCGAAGAUGAGCUGGAAACUCGCACUGGAUGAGGGACCUCCGCUUCUACAUGAGUUAAACAGCAUCACUACUAACAUGUGUAAGACUGUGAAUGCUCUGAAGUAAGUUGUUUCCCUGGCCCUCAUGAACCAGAAAAAAAGUGCUCAGAGCUGUCAGCCAAACUGGGGAGAUAUGUCAUAGCCUAAUGGUAUCAAACAUGAGUUUUAGAGUAAAAAAGCUGGCCCUAUCAGGGAAGACCCUGGCAACAAUCUGUCUAGGUCUCAGUUUCCUUUACCAUGAAACAAGAAUAAAGCAAAUUAGCUAAGGCCUGUGACGUGCUCUCAGCUCCAUGCCCAGCACAUGGUAAAAACCAAAGAGAGGGAAGCAGUUCAUGACUCUGAGGGGCAGGGCUGGGAACGUGAGACCUUGAAGUCCUGUAGGGCCGCUGACAAGUGUCAGGAACAUCAUAGGCACUCAGUGAACAUUCUUUGAGUGAAUGAAUGUGUGGAUGAAUGACAUGUUGUCUCGACCUCUGAGAAGCAGAUGCCAAGACGGGACUAGAAGUGCAAGGAUAUUAUUAGGGGAAAUGUCUGCAUAAAAGGAGUUAGGAAAGGAGCUAGGAAAGGCUGAGAGAACUGUCAGACCGCAAUUCGAGUCUCAUUCCAAGUGAAGAGAGAAGUUCGCUGGAUGAGCCCUAGUCUGUGAGGCAGUCAGAGGCAGCCAGGACGUCAGGAAGUGGUUCCGGAGACUCAGCUGUUGGAGGCUGCAUGUCCCUGCUGUGGUGGGCCUGGGGUGGGGAUGGCGGAGGGGUGUGGUAGCCUCACUCUCCUUGUGGGUGAAUGUCUUGAGGUGCAUCCUCGUGGCUGGAACUCUCUGGCAGCAGCUGAGUUCUCUUUCCAAAGAAUGGAGGUAGUGAAACUUGGAUUUGGCUGGUCAUCUCAGCCCAAAUUUGCUUUCGAUGUCUUCCUGAUGGAGCUGUUAGAGCUCGUGCUGCCUUCUUCAGCUGUGAGGAGACUAGGACCUGAUGCUCUUCAGGUUGCCAUUUGCCAACUUUUGAAAUGGUGUUUUGGAAGCCAUCUGGUAACGGGUGUUACUGGCAGACAAAUAUGUGUAUUAGAUGGAUU